AUGGUCUAUCAGGUUUACCUUAAUUGGACUGGAGACCAAUACAGUGGUCGAGAAAUUCUCGUCUUCCCCAACAGACAGUAUGCAGACGAAUUCUACAACCGGUGCAUCACGACUACAGCUGCUGGAACUGUCAAUCCGUUCGACACUAUCGUGAGAUACAGUCCUCAGUUCUGGACGUUCCCCAAGGAUACGCCGGAAUCUCGGCCCUUUUAUUUCAUUGAUUCAAAUGCCAAGGACCUCAUGUCGACUACCAUGGUUGCCCGAAUCAGCGGAUACGACAACAAUCAUGCUACUGGCGCCAUGCCGAUCAUUCCCAAUGACGCAACAUCCAAUGUGGAGUAUGUGUCAGGUGGUUCCUAUUAUAUCCGCACCAAGUCGACACCCCAUUUGUACUGGUUCCUUCAAGAGCCAGACCACAAGCUUGUUCUUGAUACCAGAAAAGCAACCAAGUUUCAAAUCAAUCGAGACGACUCAGCAAAGCCUUCGCCGGCAAAUGAUCGUCGAGUUCUUGAAAGAAAAGACGAUAUCCAACUGGCUGCACUGAACUCACGUGGAACCCACCCCGUUGGUGUCUUCAACACUUCGGUUUCGGUUACUUCAACUCCCUUCAGGUUCGCUUUCGGUAGCUUUUACAAUGGGGACCUUGGGGUUAAUUGGAAUGAUGGAGAUGGUAACAACAGCGACCACCCACACCUGGCUUACAAAGUCAAGUAUUCUGGUGAAGAGUGGGAGCUUGUGAAUUAG